CAACAAAGCAGGAGACUCUGUGAUCUGAGAGGCUUUGUGUGUGUUGGACUCACUAUUUGAAUUUCAUUUCGUCACCAGACAAAGAGCCAACAUGUCGAUGGGUAUGGAGAUCGUGGGCAUUGCCCUCGGAGUCCUCGGAUUUAUCAUUGCAAUAGUGACUUGUGCCCUGCCAAUGUGGAGGGUUACGGCCUUCAUCGGCGCCAACAUCAUCACAGCUCAGACCAUCUGGGAGGGUUUGUGGAUGAACUGUGUCACCCAGAGCACAGGCCAGAUGCAGUGCAAGGUGUACGACUCGCUGCUGGCCCUGCCUCAGGAGCUGCAGGCCUCCAGGGCGAUGACCAUCAUCUCCAUCAUUCUCGGGGUGCUGGGCGUCAUGAUCUCCAUCGUCGGCGCCAAGUGCACCAACUGCAUCGAGGAUGAGCCGUCGAAGGCCAAAGUGAUGAUCAUCGCAGGAAUCUUCUUCAUCCUCGCCGGCCUUUUGGUCCUCAUCCCCGUCUCCUGGACCGCCAGCGUUGUGAUCCGGGAUUUCUACAACCCCAUCCUGACCAACGCUCAGAGGAGGGAGCUGGGGGCGUCACUCUACAUCGGCUGGGGAGCAGCCGCCCUGCUGCUGAUCGGAGGGGCGAUGCUGUGCAGCAGCUGCCCACCGAAAGAGAAGAAGUACCAGCCGCCCCGGAUGGCCUACUCCGCCCCACGCACCACUAGUGCAGGAGGAGGGUACGACAGGAAAGACUAUGUGUAAACGGCUCUGACAGAAUGAUUUGGAAAGUAGGAUGUUGCACAAGUGUGUGUGUGUGUGUGUGUUGUUUGCUGUCUGAAACCACAGGGUGAACCCCUCUAAAAGACUCCGAGAUGAAGGCGUGUGUUCAAAUAUUGAUCUUUCUGCUUUGCUUUUUGAUAAAAUGUUCAUUUGCAUCUAAUUAUCUUAUUUAAAAGGCUCAUAUAUACAGAAUGUAAACAUUACAGCCUGUUUUCAAUGUUUGUUCUUUUAAAUAAUUAUACUUCAGCAAAAAAAGCGAUUUGUAUAAAUACAACAUGAGUAUUAAUGUUGAAGUUAUACUAAUCACUUCUUUAAGCUACUUCUGUGGUGUUUUGUGAUUUUGAAAACACCUGCUUCUCUGUCAUUAGUCCGUUGGCCGGCUGCCCGGUUUUGUGUUUCAGUGAAACUUGCAGUUAAAAUGCUUUGUGUCAUUUCAGUGACAAGGAAGAGCCAGCGCUCAUUUUACAUGGAUUUGGUUGUGUGAGCGUUCAGUGUGUGUGUGUGUGUGUGUGUGUGUGUGUGUGUGGGUGGGUGUGUGUGUCUGUGUGUGUGCUUUGCAUGUAAUAUUUGCUUAGGAGAGUUUCUGCUGAGACUGAAACUAAAGAUGGAUCCACGUUACAGCCCCAGGAAACAACUUUAUCUUCUUUCUCAUAGUUCACAGGGUUUGGACACGAAAAAGACAGUUUCAGUUGACACUCAGACUUUGUGUGUCCAUAUGUGUGAGUUUAUUUUAUAUUUCUGUAAUAAAAUGUAUUUGAGGUGUGUGUUUUACAUGUUCA